GGAAAUAAGAGAGAUAUGAGGGGAAAUGUGAGGUGGUGUCAAGGCUUGGCGGUAUUUCGGGUUCAAUAUUUGGGUAACUGUGGGGGUUUUUGGGGUUUUGGUGUGAUUUUUGGCGGUGGUGGGGUUCUUUGUUUGUUUUUCAUUGUGUUUGUGUUUGUGUUUGAUUUCUCCUUAUUUGGUUGUAAGAUCAGAACACCAAGAGUGAGUCUGGAAGGAAGGUCCAGUAUACAGAACAUUAAUGCUGGCAAGAUGAUUGCCGACGUCAUCCGCACCUGCCUGGGCCCUCGUUGGAUGCUGAAGAUGCUGAUGGAUCCGAUGGGGGGCGUGGUGAUGACUAACGAUGGUAAUGCUAUUUUGAGGGAGAUUACUGUGCAACACCCUGCCGCCAAGCACAUGAUUGAGAUUGCGCGCACCCAGGAUGAAGAGGUGGGUGACGGAACAAGCAGUGUGGUGAUCCUGGCAGGGGAGAUGCUGGCGGUGGCUGAGCAGUACCUGGAGCAGAACAUGCAUCCGCUUAUCAUCAUUCAGGGGUACAGACAGGCCCUCGACCAUGCUCUGGAGGCCCUUAAAGACACCCUCAGAUCCCGGGAGGAACCAUCGAAGAGAGCUGUGUGCUGGACGGGAUCAUGAUAAACAAGGAUGUGACCCAUGCAAAGAUGAGCAGGAAAGUAGACAACCCUCGUAUCAUUCUCCUUGACUGCCCGCUGGAGUACAAGAAGGGCGAGAGCCAGACUUCGGUGGAAAUGACUGCUGAGACGGACUUUACGAGAGUGAGAGAGAGAGGGAGGGAAUGUUUUGUUUGUUUGUUUGUUUGUUUGUUUGUUGUGUUUGUGUGUGUGUGUGUGUGUGAGAGAGAGAGAAAGAGUUUGUUCUUGUGUGUGUGAAAGAGAGAAAAAAGAGAGAAUUUGUUUGUUUUUGUGUGAAAGAGAGAAAAUUAUUUAUUUGGUCUCUUUGAAGUUAAAAAGUUGGAGGGGGGGGGGCAAGGGUGUGUGUUGGGGUAUUUUUGUGGGAGAGAAUGUUUGUGUGUGUGUGUGAGAGAGAGUUUGUCUGUUCUGAUGCAAGAGAGAGAAAGAGUGUAUUUUAGUAUGUGUGAAAGAAAGAGAGAGAGUUUGUCUGUUCUGAUGCAAGAGAGAAAGAGAAAGAGUGUAUUUUAGUGUGUAUGAGAGAAAGAGAGAGAGAGAGACAGAGAGAAUUUUUUUUGUGUGUGAGGAAGAGAAAAUUUAAAAAAUUAAUAAAUAAUUAAAUUCUAUGCUUCUUUCCUUCCUCCCAGCCUCUCCCAGUGUAUCCCAGCCUCUCCCAGUGCAUCCCAGCCUCUCCCAUUCCACCCCAGCCUCCCCCAGUGCAUCCCAGCCUCUCCCAGUGCAUCCCAG